AUGUUGUUUCUGGCGCCGCGCAAGCAUCUGCUUGCCAGCAACCUGAUCAUCCUGCUGUUGAUCUAUGUGAUGCGCAAGUGCCUGCAACUAUUCUGCAUCAUUGAGAACAAGGCUUGCGGUAAGGAGAAUUGCAAGUGCGAGGAGCCGGAGAAUUGCAUGGACUCGCCGCCGCCGGAACGCCGUGGAUUCAAGUUGAUUCCGGAUGCUAUGCGGAAAACUAUGCAUGGCUUUGGCUAUGGCGAGGGUCACUAUCAGAUCUUUGUGGAGAAAAAGGAGCGUAAUUUUCCCACCAAAUCCCGUCUGAAUGCGGCCAGCGCUGAACUCAAGCUGAAUCCCAAUUAG